UUUUACUCUUCAGUUUGCUCUAAUAUUAUUUGGCAGCAGGAAAUCAGUACCUUACUUACCCAUAAUUAUUUUUUCUUUCAGGACAACAUAGGAGAACUUGAUCUUGAUAAACAAUCUGAACUGAGAGCUUUAAGGAAAAAAGAACUCGAUGAGGAAGAAAGCGUCAGGAAGAAAGCUGUGCAGUUUGGAACCGGUGAGCUCUGUGAUGCCAUCUCUGCGGUGGAAGAGAAAGUGAGCUACCUGAGACCUUUAGAUUUUGAAGAAGCCAGAGGACUUUUCUUACUGGGUCAGCACUAUGUCUCUGAAGCAAAAGAGUUCUUUCAGAUUGAUGGUUAUGUCACUGACCAUAUUGAAGUUGUCCAAGACCACAGUGCUCUGUUUAAAGUGCUUGCGUUCUUUGAAACUGACAUGGAGAGACGGUGCAAGAUGCAUAAACGUAGAAUAGCCAUGCUAGAGCCCCUAAUUGUGGAUCUGAACCCACAGUAUUAUCUGUUGGUCAACAGACAGAUUCAGUUUGAAAUUGCACAUGCUUACUAUGAUAUGAUGGAUUUGAAGGUUGCCAUUGCUGACAAGCUGAGGGAUCCCGAUUCACACAUCGUAAAAAAAAUAAAUAAUCUUAAUAAGUCAGCAAUGAAGUACUACCAGCUCUUCCUAGACUCCCUGAGAGACCCAAAUAAAGUGUUUCCUGAGCAUAUAGGGGAAGACGUGCUUCGCCCUGCCAUGUUGGCUAAGUUUCGAGUUGCUCGUCUCUAUGGCAAAAUCAUCACUUCAGAUCCCCAAAAAGAGCUAGAAAAUUUGGCAACAUCCUUGGAACAUUACAAAUUUAUUGUUGAUUACUGUGAAAAGCACCCCGAAGCUGCUCAGGAAAUAGAAGUGGAGCUAGAACUU